AUGGAUCACGUGCAUGUGAAGUCGAGAUCUGCGUCGAAGAGCAACCCCACGAAGAUGGCGUGCGAGAAGGCUACCAGGAAGCUCAGGACCAUUCUCGUGAAGGCAUCCAGGAUUGGUGUACCGACGACGGAGGUUGCCAGGUUGCCCACCGCGAAGAAACUGAUUCCGCAGCGGGAUCACGGAUGGAAACUGGCGGUGUUCCUUUUGCUGAUGCUCGGAGGAGGGAUGAUCGUCGCGCUCGCCUGCACCGCGAGGAAAGGCUGCACGAAGCUGGAGGAGAUCAACCUGGCGACCUAGCCGUCGCGACCCAUUGUUCCACGCUGGCCGCCAACGAGCAACGCAACAGAGACAGCAG